AUGAGGGAUGGCGUCCACGAAAACACACCCCAUGUCUUCCAGCCGAUAAGCGGCCUCCAUUCCAUCAUCCGAGUGAAGACAUUCCAGAUCCAGGCGCUGAGACUCGGCCGUGUCAACAUGUCGAAGAGUCUUGCUCGCAAAUCUUCUUCCCUCGAUGACCACAAGAAGUUUCUUCUCGCGGUGGCCGACAGCGACUUCUCGCGCGUGCACACGCUCAUCCAGGUCUGUAUAAACAAUGGAAUGUCAGUGCGGAAGAUGACAGAGCAGCUCGACAAGGCCACGCAAGGCCUUUACAGUCCGAAGAGCUUCUCCACAGCGGAGAAGAAGCUUUGCUUGGUGAUCCUACGUCUAGGUGGCCCUCGUGUUCUCGAUAUCUAUCACAAAGCAACAGGCGCACCUGCGACGAGCACGAUCCGGAAAUGCUCAGUCAAUCCUCCACUCCGUGUUUCAGCCGGAUUCCCUACAAUUGAUGAGGUCUGCUACAACAUUAGAAAUUCGUUCGCAGAUGGGUCAUUGGGGCUCACCGAGUCCUCCGCGUCAAGUGCUGAUGAGGUCUAUGGCUACCAGCUUUUGGUCGACGAGAUUAAGGUGGAGAGCCGUCCGCGCUGGGAUGAUGUGACGAACAAGAUAAUUGGGGUUGCGAGAGAGGACGCAGAUAAUAUUGGGCUGGAUUUCUGUUCCGAGGCGGAGGCAUAUGCCCUUGUUAAGGCGGUCGCAGAUGGCAAAGUGAGGUUGGCGGUCGAGGCCACGGUUGCUGCAAUAGGGCUUCUCGCGGGCGACUCCAAGACCCAUGCGGCACGUCCUAUUCUGGUGUCAGGAACGUGCAAGACGGAGAACGCACCUACGCAUGCCACUCUUCUUCAGACUGUGAUUGACGCGUGCGAGCGCGAGAAGAUUCCAGGUAUCGCCUCUGAUGGAGAAGCCCGUCGCGGCGCAGCACUCGUCAUACUCACACACAAACGAAAGCUUGCCCCCUCAUCGCCGAUAUAUCCAUAUGUCGGCAAGCUGGCUCUCAUGAACAACCUGGUCGGUGACAAUGACAUCACUUCCGACAAGGAUUGGAAACACGUUAUCAUGAAACGAGUUCGCUGUGCCAUUCUCCGAGAGAAGGGAAUCACUAUCUACGAGUACAACAUCACCCCUUCCACCCUCAACUGGCACCUACGCUCUGGUGGGCUGGCACCUCACCAGGUCGAGAACUUAAUGAACCCCAAUGACAAGCAGGACGUUCUUCUUGCAGUCAGCCUACUAAAGUCCAUCUGGGACCUUCCCGAAACAUCUAGCACGCGACCGACUGUCAUCGCCGCACGGAAGCAUAUCCGUAUAUUCGGUGACUUUCUCAGGCACCUCAUAACCCCAUACGUUGAUCUCGACAUGUCUUUAUCUGAACAGCUUAGCCAUCUCAGUGCCGCAGCUCACCUUGCCUGUAGUCUCUACACUCAUCCGGGUGGUGGCACUGCAUUCUUACCCAAGCCGUUAUACACUGAUAUCCAAAUACUCAUCAAGAACGUUUUCUUCUGCGUGGCGAAGGCAAAAGUGGACCGCCCGAUUGGGCGCUUUUAUAUAAUCAUGCUUGGCACUGACCGUCUGGAGAUUGUUUUUGGGAUCUACCGGACGAUCGUUGGCAAUGACGCCAAUGCCGAUAUGAUCCAGCUAGGCACCCGGAUAGCUCAUGUUACGCAGAGUGGCCAGGUCCUUGCAGAGUAUCCAGAGUGGAAUACCACUCCCCGACGACUCAGACUCCCGGGCUUAUCAAGCGACGAGGAGCUCAGUGCCAAGGUCGAUCACAUCAACCCGGCAUCUUGGCGAGGAAAUGUCAGCCUCGAACACAUCCUCCCCAUUACCUCAUGGACACACGGC